GAUUCCAGUCGAGUGAAAUAUGUGCUCUACACGGUGAGGACAUACUUUACCGAAACAGUCUAGUCGGCUUCACAGAGGAAACAUUGAGACUCACACUCUGUGUGUUAAAGUACGGGUUAAACAACUCAAGACCGGCGGGAGCGAGACAUUUAAAAUCCUAGUGUUAGCUUAAUGGACCGGCCGAGGAAGAAAAGCACUCCGGGGUGUUUAGCAUGAGGCUCUGCGGGGGGAAACGACUGGAAGAAAACAGGCUGAAAUACAAUAAUAAUAAUAAUAAUUAUAACAAGAAGAAGAAGCAGAAGCUGAGGACUAGGAAGCAGGAGGACAGAGCUGCCCGGUGACAUUUAAAAGAAGAAGAAGAAGAGGAGGAAGAAGAAGAUGAUGAUGCUGCUGGAGGUCUGCUGGCUGCUGUUGCUGCUGACUGGAAGCUCCCAAUGCAGGGAGACUCAGCAGACAGAACAUCUCUCCUCCUAUCAUCUGACUGUCCCUCGACCAAUAGGAGGCAGGCUGAGGCGGGACCUAAAUGGAAGACCCCCCCAUCAGGUCUCCUAUGUCAUCGGUGUAGGUGGAAACGAUCAUGUUGUUCAUCUGGAGAGGAAUGAACUGCUGCUUCCCGCAGACUUCACUGUGGUCACCUACAGUCAGAACGGAUCACUCAUCACAUCCAGACCUCCUGUACAGGACCACUGUCACUAUCAGGGCUACGUUCAGAACAUGGACGGUUCCUCUGUUGCUAUGAGCAUCUGCAAUGGCCUCAGAGGAGUGUUGCAUCUCUCCAAUGACAGUUAUGGCAUCGAGCCAUUAGACUCCGCCCCUGACCAGCACCUGGUGUACCGCCUGCAGGAUGUGACAUCACAGCCUCUGGGGUGUGGCACGCCACACUACGAUGGGCAUGAGCAUGACAGCAACACCACGGAGCAUGCUCAGUACAAACCAGAGGAAAUCCACCACAAACACCACAGCAGGAUGAAGCGAGCUAUUCUCCAUCAGACUUACUACGUGGAGCUGCUGCUGGUGGUUGAUAAUGAGAGGUAUAAUUAUAUGAAUAAGAACGAGACAGCAGUGAGGGAAGAGAUGGUUCACCUGGCCAACUUUAUAGACAGCAUCUACAUACAGCUGAAUGUUCGGGUGGUGCUGGUUGGUCUGGAGAUCUGGACUCAGCAGAACCUGAUCAGCACCGAGGGGGGAGCCGGAGAGGUGCUGAGUCGCUUCACCCAGUGGAGAGAGAAAGACCUGGUCCCUCGCCGCCGCCAUGACUCAGCGCAACUCAUCGUGAAGAAGAGUUUCGGGCUAACAGCAGGGAUGGCUUUCGUCUCCACAGUCUGCUCCAGGAGUCACGGGGGCGGGAUCAACGCGUUUACCAAUAACAACAUUCCCUCGUUUGCCUCCAUCGUGGCUCAUGAACUGGGCCACAACCUCGGGAUGAACCACGACGACGGGCGCACCUGCCCCUGCCCCACCGGCGCCUGCAUCAUGAACUCUGGAGCCACAGGAUCCAGAAACUUCAGCAGCUGUAGUGCUGAUGACUUUGAGAAGAUGAUCUUGUCGACGGGGGGAACGUGUCUCCUGAACGUCCCUCGCCCUGACGAGGCCUACAGCGUCCCCUUCUGUGGGAACAGGCUGGUGGACAUGGGGGAGGAGUGUGACUGUGGCUCAGAGAAGGAGUGUGAGAAGGACCCCUGCUGUGAGUAUCAGACGUGUAAACUGAAGUCUGGAGCUCAGUGUGCGUACGGAGAGUGCUGCUACAAAUGUCAGUAUCUACCUGGUGGAAGUGAGUGUCGGUCCAGCACAGAUGUGUGUGAUCUUCCUGAGUACUGUAACGGCUCCUCGUCCCUCUGUAAGAGCGAUGUCUUCAUCCAGAACGGGCAGCCGUGCAGGAGCCAGCAGGCGUACUGUUACAAUGGGAAGUGUCAGCACUACGACGGACAGUGCCAGGCCAUAUUUGGAUCCAAGGCAAAGGCUGCUCCUGAGAUCUGUUUUAAAGAUGUUAACAGUAAAGGGGAUCGCUUUGGCAACUGUGGCUACCACAACUACGGCUACAAGAAGUGUGAGAGCAGAAACGCCCUGUGUGGGAAGCUGCAGUGCUCCAACGUUCAGGCGGUGACGGUGUUCGGCAUCGAGCCGUCCAUCAUCACCUCGCCUAUCGGGAGCGGAGGAGCCAAAUGUUACGGAGUCGACUUCAUGCUGGGGUCAGACGUGCCCGAUCCAGGCAUGGUGAACGAGGGGAGCAAGUGUGGAGAUAACAAGGUCUGCAUGAACUUUGAGUGUUGCGGCGUGGAAGUCCUGAACUACGACUGUGACGUGGAGAAGAAGUGUCACGGACACGGGGUGUGUAACAGUAACAAGAACUGUCACUGUGACGACGGCUGGGCUGCACCGUUCUGUGAGCUCAAAGGUUAUGGAGGCAGCACGGACAGCGGACCCACCUGGAAUGAUAAAGACACGUCAGUCAGAGACGGCCUGCUGGUCUUCUUCUUCCUCGUCCUUCCUCUCCUUGCUCUGGGUGCUUUUGUUUUCCUGCGCAGGAACGAGCUGCUGCGACGAUUCGGGCUGAGCCGCAGGAAGAGGUCGCAGGGAUACCAGGCUGAUGGCGCUGCAGCUUCAACCAAUCCCAGCAGACCGCCUCCCCCUACAUCUGUUACCAGGGGCAACGCCAACAACAUCGUGAGAGACGGGCACCACGCUCAGCUACUGCCACCGCAGGAGGUGGUAGAGACCAGCAAGACGGCUCCCUCCUACUCUGUGAGGCCUCCUCCUCCUCCUAUAAAACCGAAACCUUGUGCUGCAUCUCAGCCUCUGGUGCCUCACAGACCCGCCCCAGCUCCACCUGUGUAACCAAUCAAGGGGCCCUGCCAACCACACCUAGAUGAACCCCCUCUUGUACUCAAAGCUGGUUACUGAGCAGCCAAGAAUAUAAUCUGGAGCCAAGUUGGAGGACAGCUGGCUCCAGACAACAAACUGGACCUGAAACUGGAACAUACCAGAAUGGAACUGAUGCAGCCACUGUUCUCAACGGACUGUCCUUCCUUCUUCCUUUCUCUCCCUUUCUUUCUUUCUUGAAGUCUGGAGACAAAACUCAGCCAAUCAGGUGACACGUUGUAUGUCACCAAACCAGCCAAUCAUAUCUCAAGAACAGCUACCUGUGAUAUCAACAAAUCAAUUACUAGAAAUUCUUAUUAUUACCCAAUAUAAACUGUAUUAAUCCCCAUCCAUUGUGUAUUCCUGCUGUAGAGUGCUGCAGAAAUGAGUCCUACAUUUGUGAAAUUUGUUUUUGCACUUCCGCUUCUCUCGUCUCGAGGUCAAUGGGUUUUUUGAAAAGGUUUUUGUUUAGCUGCCUGAGAUAAGGUCUUUGGUUAACACAAGUCAGAAAAGACCCCUCCCUUCACACCAAGCACUGUGCUGCUUUUAAGUUAGUGGUGGUGUUCUAAAGUCAUGCAACCAUUGUGUGCUUAGUUUGUAGCCUUUUUGACUUCUUUUAAUUGCAUUACCAUUAAAAAAAAAAGUAUAAAUGUUUUAAGAUAAAAUGUGCUAUAGAACUUAAUUUCUGCAAAACAUCAUAAUCAUAGUGAAGUUGAAAAAACCCAAUUACCAUUUUGUCAAAAGUAAGCAGCAAACUUGGAUUGGCCUACAAUAAUAGUUCCUUCUAUAAAACAAGAUCUGGAUACAGUGCCGCUCAGACUUGCUUCCAAUUUGUCCUAAUGGCCACUCAAUAAUGCAGCCAGCUGUCUGUAAAACUGUGGACAGGACACCUCGAACGGAUGUUUUUAUAUAUAUAUGUAAAACUUUCCUCAAGCGGAGAAAAGCGAUAAAACAAAAUGUGUUAGGUCACCAUGAAAGGUUUAUGUGAUGAAUACUUAGGGGUGCAGUGUUGCCAACUUUAACCCUCAGCAAUUUCAUCUCCAAGAGAAAAAUAUAUUGUAUUGUAAUUACUAGUAGUCAAUGGCUCCUCUGCCAGCAGCACGGGGCCUACGCUAGUAGGCUUAGAGGUUAGGAGCAAGUGCUAGGUAGCAACAAUGUUUCCCCAAUUUCAUGUUACUUGCUAGCAAUAUAAAAGAUUUACGGUAUAUUUAGCAAGCCCGUUUGAUAACUAAUGUUAAAUAGCUACCAGUACUAGCAAGCUCUCACACUCUUGUGGCUUCCCUGGAUUUAGUCCUUAUUAUUGAACAUAUUGCCAGAUUUACCAUCCAAAGGAAUAUUUAAACAAUGGGUCCUUGAUUUCAGACAGGAGCAGGUUCUCUUUUUAAAGCAACAAUUUUGCAGCUGUCUAGCACGUAGCUAGCUUAUUAACAUGAUCUCCAUAAUUAUAUAUUUACUUUCUGCCAUUUCAACAAGUGCACAAAUGCUGUGUGAAAUGUAACCACUAUAAAGCGCCCUCAUUGGGGGAGGAAACCGCUCUGGAGAAAUAUGUUUAUGUUUUUUAUUUGUUUAAUUGUUUCUUUUAAUUGAACAAUUGAUUCCACUUACCUAGACAUGCUUCACUCUGAUUGGCUGGUUUUAAAGAUGCAGAGCUCACUGGAGGCUGAGCUUACUCUCCUUUCUUUCUGUUUUCUGUCUUUGAAUGGAAGCACUGGUGCCAUCUGAUUGCACUUCCUGCUCAAACACUGUCAUAGGAAUGUUACGCCCCCCUGCUGCUCUGUGUGGAUGCACUUGGUCUCCACCACCUUGCCUGGUACUCUGUCUCUCCAGAAUUGUAAAAAUCCCAAUAUGCAACAUCUUCUGGGGGCAGAGCUCAUCCGGGUUUCACUUCCUCUGAUGUGGAUCUGGGUCUGUGUGGUACUUGGAUGUCUGUGACUUUCUGCAGGUAAUGUACGCUCGCUCACCAAGUUUAGUUGAAUCACAAAGCAAAUCUCCCCAUGAAGACCUCAACACUGUUGAAUCUGAUAUCUGUGAUGUUCUUUAUCUACACUAUAGAGGAUUUGUUUACUUGAAUAGAUUAAAAGCGAAACUGACCGAUGCAUCUGGUCUUCCAGCAGCACCCACAACAUCUACGGUGUGUUAUAGAGGCAUUCAUUGUGAAUUAGCUCAACAACAUAAACACACAUUAUGCUAUUAGAUGUCAACAGCCAUAAAACAUAGUUGUGACUUAUAACAAGUGUCUCAUGGAGGCACUGUACUAGUAUAAAAUGAUAGGUUUACUCAAUAGUCUUAGAUCACACUUUGACUUUCUAUACUCACUUCAACAAUAAACCAUAGUAAGGACUCAUGGUAAGAUAUAGUCCAUGCUGGUUUACAAGUCAUUGUUGGUGUUAAGUAAAGGCAAGUACAUGUUGAUGCAUCAAAAAGAAUGCAUGCUUCAUCAUAAUGUGUCUUUGUUAGUAAAGCAUUUCCAUUUCAAAGAAUAGAUGCUGCAUUAAGAUUAAGAUGACCCUUUAUUAAUCCCCAGGGGGAAUUCACUUUUCCACUCUGUUAUUGUAUACACACACAUUUGAAAUACACACAUGCAUAGUACCUAUAGAGAUUAGGUCUGAAUGCACAAACACUGUACGAUCUAAUCAGGAUCAGCAUUCCUUCAGCUCCUAAACCAAGUCCCUACACACUGAGAUACUGCCGCCCAGAAAUUGGUGUUGUCGGCAGGAUUCAAACUUGCAAAGGGACACCCCAAUGGAUUUCUAGUGCAUCGCCUUCACCACUCGUCCACAGCAACACUAUUAGUGACACCAAAAUGCAGACAAUCAAAAGGAAAAGUGUCUGCGGUUGGAAUGCAAUCUUACAAUAAUGUCUGGUAUGAAUUCAUAAAGGCAUGAGCAUCACAGAUGAAAGAUGACAGUGUUGAGGUGUGUAAAGGUGGAACCGAUCUCACAGCUCACCACUGGAACACCCGUGAUAAAGUCCUGAAAGAGUCCAGAUGUCCUGUCCCCGCCGCCUUUAACACCAACGUCACCUGAAUGUGAGAAACAGAACCGUCAGACUCCUGACUGCAGACUGAACAUUUAAAAACAUUCAGGACCUUUGAGUUUGUCUGGUUGUGUGAACGCUGCGCGGCCCGCAUCACAGCCACUCAACGCCGGAGGGUUCAUUCCUUUCAUUCAAACCAGGGAUUGAUACACCAACAGGUUACCAAAUGUCUGACUGGCUAGCACUUUUAGCCAGCAAAUGAACCUGGAUGCACUGUGUGAGGAGAACAUCACGUUAAUAUCCGCUUUAGUAUACUUUAAUUUGCUGUUGUGUGUUUUUGCACAGAGAUUGUUGUGAACAAGAGUAAAAGUAUAGGGCUAAUACUGUGCCAUUUCAAAGUUUUCAUGCCAAACAAUAAAUACAUAUAUAUGAUC